AUGUUUCUGUCUACUUUCAAAACUUUGGUACUGGCUACCUACAUCUCCCAAGCAUCCGCAUCCUGUGGAUACGGCACCAUACUACAACCCCGAGCAGAGAAUGGCACUGUCAAAGUAAACAACUUUGGAUACAUUGGCUCAACGGGUCCAGCUAACUGGAUUGCCUUGGACCCGGCUGCCAAUGCCCUCUGCUCCAACGGCAAACGUCAAUCCCCAAUUAACAUGGUCCCCGGCUCAGUCAGCGUAGUCCCAGGCGCUGAGCUGGCUAUGACCAUCCCAGAUAUGCCUGAGGGUACUGAGUUUGAAAACCUUGGGACAACAGUGGAAGUAGUCGCCAAAGGAGGAAACAUGUCCUUUGGAGGAGUCCAGUACUCCCUGCAACAGUUUCACUUCCACCUGCCCAGCGAGCAUCUAGACAACGGAACCAGCAUGGCUAUGGAAGUCCACAUGGUCUGGCAGGGGGCUGCCGGGCAGGUUGCCGUUACAGGCUUCUUCGUGGACCUCAAUGACGGUGCGAAUGGAGGCGGCGCUCCCGUCGCUGCCGCUGGCAAGAAACGCUCCUCACUGCAAGAGAGGCGGUUGGCAACAAGACAGGAACAGGAACAGCAACCCGCAGAGGGAUCUAACAACACCAAACUUCCAGAGCUGGAAGGUGCCUUCUUUCACGUUAAUGCUCCGCAGUCUGGGGCCAUGAAGUCUUCUACCCUCCUGGAGACUGUACUUGGCUCAGUAGACGCUAUUGCCAAACCAGGCACAGUGACUAAGACGCAACCUCUGGUCAUGUCGGAGUUGGUCCAGGCGCUGUCAUCGGGGUCAUUCCAGACGUACGAGGGUUCCCUGACAACUCCACCAUGUACUGAAGGCGUUCGUUGGCUUGUUUCCAACCAGAAGAUGUCCAUUCAGACAUCGACGUUCCUCAAGGCAAGAUCAGUGAUUGGAUUCAAUUCGCGUUUUCCCCAAAACGUGCCCGGUCAGAACAACAUCCUGUCCAUCAACUCAAGCUAG